AUGUUUGUCACACUACAGGGAGUGGACUGGGUUCGAUGGAACUUGGAACAUGAAGCAGGUCAAGAAUACACAAGAAGAAUCCCGUGGUCAACUCUUUUUGGAUAUUUAUGCUGGGAUAUAUGGGUAUCACGUUGUAAAAGGCUGUUCGACGGCACCGAUGGUAGGGGUCUUCUCUCGGGAAAGAAUACUUUUUUCAGAGCUGCAUGGGACCAAGACUUAGUCAAAAGCUGUAAAUUCUACCAUGAUGAAACUCUACCUCCCAUUGUUGGGAACCAAGACAAGAAUGGUUGUGUAAUCUUGGAGGUAGAUGGAUUAGUACUUACAAACGGAGAUAGUAGCUGCGGUGGGGUCAUCAAAGACGAAGAUGGAAGAUGGAUCGUGGGCUUCCGCUGUAAACUUGUUCCUGUGCCUCCAGCUAUGGCAGAACUCCUGGGAGUGAUGCACGGACUACAGCUUUGCUGGGAAAGAGGCUACAGAAAAAUUCUACUUCGCUCUGACUGUGUUAGUGUUUUAAAUUUAUUGUCAAGGGGCUGUGAGGGGGAUCACCCGUUUAAUGAUAUUAUUUUGGAUGCCAGGAUGAUGAUGUAUAGGGACUGGCAGGUUCAUCUUACUUUUAUGGAUAGGGAACAGAACAAUAUUGCUGAUCUGUUAGCUAAGUCUGCUCAUAGAGAUGAGAGAAUUUUUUGUCUUUUUGAUCAACAGCCACCUUUCAUUCAGGAGGCGGGGGCUGAUGAUUUAGGAUAA